GCAGCAUGGCCGGCGACUUUGACGAUUCCGUGGACUUUUCGGCGCUGUUUUCGGGGCGAAAGAAGCCCUUGAAACCAAAGCAAGGCACCAAGCAGCUCGUCAACACCAGCUCGGGGCGUAAGCACGCACCGCUUGCCACCCCUGGGCAGUCCAGAAAGGAGCAGCUGAAGGCGAAGCCGCAUGAGGGGAAGCGCAAAGCACCGCCUGUCCCGGCCGGGGAGCUGGCAGACGCGCGGCCGAGGAAAAAGCAGCGGGGACAGCAGCCCGCCAGCGUUCACGGCAGCACCGUGCCUGCCGCGGGGGUGGCAGCACUGGCCCAUACUCAGAAGCAAAGGCAGGAGCACGCCGGUGCCCCUUCACCGGCUGUGGCGGCUACCUCAACAGCGCUGGGCAAUGGGUAUGAGAAGAAGAAACAGAAGCAUGGCAAGCGCGUGAGCUCAGAUGACUGGCCCUUUGAGGUGGACUACAACGACCAUUUUGAGACCAGCUCUGCGGCUGUGGACGACAUCCAGCCGGUGCUCCUGGCGCUGUGCAACCGGCUCAAGAAGACGCCAGCGCAGCUGGCAAUCUACGACCCCUUCUUUUGCAAGGGCGGCAUCCGGCGACACUACGAGGCGCGUGGCUUCACCAACUUUAUCCACCGGAAGCGCGACUUCUAUGCGGAUGUGGAGUCGGGGCAGCUGCCCGAGUACGACGUCAUGGUCACCAACCCGCCGUACUCGGCCGACCACAAGGAACGCGCCCUGGACUUCUGUCUCCGCUCCGGCAAGCCGUGGGCGCUGCUGCUACCCAACUACGUGGCAACCAAGGCCUACUACUCGGAACUGGUGGACGCGGCCGGCACGCCGCCGCAGCAGCGGCCCUUCUACCUCACGCCCAUCACCCGAUACGCCUACGAGCACCCCGAGGGCACGGGGCACGCCGAGUCGCCCUUCUACAGCAUCUGGUACGUGGGCUUAGGAGUCCACACCGAGGCUGUGUACGGCGCCUGCCGUACAAAGUUGGACUCGGCAGGGGCAGCAGCAGCCACAGGAGCAGGAGCAGGAGGAGCCAGUGCCAGCAAAGGCGGAAAGGGCGCUGGCGGCGUUGGAGGGAAAGGAGCAGGCGGCAGCGGGGGCUGGGCGGUGACGCUGGCACGGUCAGUGGAUGCCCUGCGGGAGGCUAAGGCCGUGCCUACGGCAAAGCGGCUAAAUCCCAAGCAGCGCGCUCGCCUGAAAAAGAAAAUGGGAGUCAGCUGAGGGCUAGGGCAGUCAUUAUAAGCGAGAGCGUGCGAAUGUUAUAAUUGUAUGCUUGUGCUCGAGUAAGGCAGGAAGCCCGACAUGCGGUUUCCGCAGCGGCGGCGGCGCAGGGCCUGGGACCAGCAGUUGCGGCGUGCAUGUGCGUAGCGGAGGGGGCGAGCAAGGCCAUGGGGAGGAGGAGAGCGCGGCUUUGUCCGGGAGAUGAGGUAGACGCUUGCGGCCUCAGACUCGAGACGUGGCAUAGGAGCAUGGAACGCGUCCAAGACGUACGCGCCGGAGCAAGUGUCGGUGCAAUCUUGUGGUGCACCGUACGUGCACGCAUUGAACACUGCGGCUCGGCACUUGGUGUCGGUCCGGGUGGCGGUUCUGUGAAGCAAACGGUCGAACCGACGUUCAAGGUGCUGCUGGGUAGCUGCCUGUGGUUAUGGAGCGCCGUUGCAAUUUAUGAAUGGAUU